UUUCAUGUGGGAGAAGAUAUGAAAUUAUAAAAAAAUGGAGGAGUGUACAACAGCGUCACACUGCUGAAGGAAACAAAAGGAGGAGAACUCAAGCAGGUGAAAGAGUAUGUGUGAAGUCUGAUAGAGAAAUAAGCAGAUGUGAAAAACAUUUGAAACUCCACAAAUCAGCAUGCCUUACUUAUAUUACUUUAAGUCAGUCUAAAUCUAAAUUUAUAAUACGGAAAAAGAAUACAUGACAUUUCAGAAUUGCUUUUGAAAAUGCUACUUUGAAGGUACUUUUACUACAAGUGCAUUGAAGUGCGCAUAACCCGUGAGUAUAGAGAUAAAGGACGUUUAAAGGUGAGAGAAGAGAAGUCUGACCGAAGAUUUGUAGCGAUGGCGAACAGUUGGACAUUGACGGUGGUCGUCCUCCUGAGUAUCUUUGUGGCAAAAAGUCAGACAAGAGGAGAUCAAGACACUGGAUCACAUCAGAAUAAAGAUUCUGCACUUGAAAAACUGACAGAUUUCCAAGAGCAGACCUUUAUUUCGGGCAGCGAUGUGACUUUACAAUGUGGCAAUCGCACUGUUGUCAAGUGGAAUGAAUUAAUUUAUAUCGUCUGGAACAUUAGCCUGCAAGACAGAAAAUGUCGGCUUGGUUUGUCACCCAAGCUGGACGACACAUGCAAAGAUGGAAAGAAGCUGUACAACACUUCAGAUGGAGUUUCCCUAUUCAUUCCCAAGAUUUCAAUAGAAGAUGAAGGAUCUUACUUUUGUGAUGUAUCAUAUAAAGGAGGAAGCUAUGCACUAAAUGUGACUGUAAGCGUUACCAACGUUUCCACCUGGCAGUACAAAGAAAACAAUCAAAGGAUUGCUGUCUGUAAAUCUACAUAUAAAAUGAAAGCGCCCACUCUUCAUUGGGAACCUGCCUUGAACUUUUCCUCCAACAUCAGUUCUGUCAAGAAGCUUGGCAAGUUUUUUAUGCUGGAGAAUCAAGUAUAUCUGCCGGAAAAUCUCAACAUCAGUGAGCUCACUUGUGUGGCCACAUACACCUCUGAGUCUGGCUCUGUGCAGCACAAGAGCACACUUAUUACAGGUUCACAAAACUCAAAUCCCCCAUCUCCUUGGAGAGAUAUUGCCAUAUCAGUUGGCUCUGUUUGUCUUGCUCUUGUAGCCCUGGUCGUGUUUUACAAACUACGCAGAAAGAUUUAUGACUUGAGUGGAUUGAAGAUGCUUUGCUGCAAAUCCAAAAUCUCAACACCAGCUGAAGACAAACCAACCCCGCCCGCUGAUGUUGAAGAGGUGGAACCCUAUGCAAGUUACAUACAGAGAGUCAAUUCUAUCUACAACUCCUCAGCUGAACUCUUCAACGCUUGAGAGACACUCACUUUUCAUGAUGAAACAGGAUACCAGAAGAGAACCGAGGGCAAAGAUAUGCCUGUGGUCAAAAUUACACAUGAAAAACAAUACUAGUGGAAAAUAGUCAUCUCAAGAGAGCAUCCCCAAAGCAAACAGCGCCUGACUGAGGAGCAAAAGUCACACUGAGUCAAAAGAUGAAAGGUGAUGACAAAGAAACAUUUGUCUUAGUAUGUAAUGAGCAAUAACUGGGACAUCUUCAGCGUCAGCGAUAUCACUUAUACUGUAUGUAGAUUUGUAGAGAAAGAACUUGGUUAGAUAUUAAUAAUUUGAACAAAUCAAAUUUGUACAUAUUUAUAUCAGAGUGAAUCAAAAAUCAAAAAGCAGGCCUAAAGUGUAAAGAACCUAUUUUACAUUGCACAUAAUUAAAAGUAUGUAAAUAAACUUAUUGUACUUUUCAGAAUGGUA